GUAUUUCUGUUCAUUUAUUUGGUCUUUGACAAUGAUCCAUGGACUGGAAAAUGGUCAGCUGAUUUGCAGUGUUCGUUCCGCAUCCUGUCGUUAAAUGGAACAGGAGAUUUGACGGGUGCCACAAAAACAUACGCCCUUAGUAACAACAAUUAUUACAUUGUUGCUGGAUUCCCGGUCAAUGUAAUUCGUAAAAAAGGAAGUGGUCUUGUAACUAGUACCGAUACGGUUCGAAUACAGGCUGACAUCGAAUGGGGCGGCGUUCAAAUCGUCAACAAUUAUGAACAGGUAAUUCAGGAAUGCUCCAUUGCAGCAUUGCUUUACUAA